AAGAAAAGGAGAGGAAAUGCACAAGCCCAACUCCACAUUGUCAUGAUGAGCUCCUUGAGAUGCAUAGCAAAACACCCAACAAUUGCACUAGUAGACUCAUCCACCACUCUCAAAGAUCUCAAGCAAAUCCACACCCAACUCCUCAUCAACGGCGUCCUCAACUAUCCUCACCUCUCCGGCAAUUUUGUUGCCACCGUUGCCGUCCGGAACCCCAACAAUUUGGAAUAUUCCAACCGAAUCCUGGACCAAUGUGACAACCCAACUCUCUUCGCCUUCAACUCCAUGAUCAGAGCCUAUUCCAAAAGCUCCGCACCCACUAAAAGCUUUCACUUUUACAGCAGAAUCCUCCAUUCACGUAACAAUAUUCUCCCCGAUAACUACACAUUCAACUUCUUGGUUCGCACUUCUGCGCAGCUUUCGUCAUUUGAGACUGGUCCUUCGGUCCAUGGUGCAUUAGUAAAGCACGGGUUUGAGAAUGACCCGCAUGUUCAAAGUGCUUUAAUAUUUAUGUAUGCGGAAUUGGGUUGCUUGGAGCAAUGUCAUAGAGUGUUUGGCGGCAUUGCCGAGCCUGAUUUGGUGUGUCAAACUGCUAUUGUGAGCGCUUGUACUAAAUGCGGGGAUGUAGAUUAUGCACGGCAAUUGUUCGAUGAAAUGCCUGAGAGAGACCCCAUUGCUUGGAAUGCGAUGAUUGCGGGGUACGCGCAAUGUGGGAAGUCCAGGGAAGCUUUGGGUUUGUUCCAUUUGAUGCAAAUGGAGGGUGUGAGGGUGAAUGAGGUGUGUAUGGUUUCGGUGUUAUCGGCGUGUUGUCCCUUGGGGGCACUGGAUCAAGGGAGAUGGGCUCAUGCAUAUAUAGAGAGAAACAAGGUGAGGAUGACAGUGACAUUGGGGACUGCACUCCUUGACAUGUAUGCGAAAUGUGGGAACAUGAGUAAGGCCAUGGAAGUGUUUUGGGGGAUGAAGGAAAAGAAUGUGUAUACGUGGAGUACUGCCUUGGGGGGACUAGCUAUGAAUGGCUUUGGUGAGAAGUGUCUUGAGCUUUUCUCAGUCAUGGAGAAAGAAGGCGUUCGGCCAAAUGAAGUUACCUUUGUUUCGGUUCUUAGGGGUUGUACUGUGGUUGGACUAGUUGAGGAAGGUCGUCGACAUUUUGACUCGAUGAAAGAAUUUUAUGGGAUUGAACCUCAGCUAGAGCAUUAUGGGUGCAUUGUUGAUUUGUAUGGCCGAGCUGGGCGUUUAGAUGAAGCCCUGAACUUCAUUAACAACAUGCCAAUGAAGCCUCAUGCGGGUGCUUGGGGGGCUUUGCUCCACGCUAGUAGAAUGUAUCGGAAUAUGGAACUUGGUGAGCUUGCAUCGAGAAAGAUAGUAGAACUCGAGGACAGGAAUCACGGUGCUUAUGUGCUUUUGUCCAAUAUAUAUGCGGAUUCCAAGCUUUAUGAUGGAGUUAGUAAUGUGCGGCAAAAUAUGAAGGCUAAAGGUGUGAGGAAGCUUCCUGGUUGUAGUGUCAUAGAAGUUGAUGGGGAAGUUCAUGAAUUCUUUGCAGGGGACGACAAGUCUCAUCCGAGGUAUAAUGAAAUCGAAAUGAUGCUGAGAGAAAUCUCCUGGCGGCUGAAAUUAGCAGGUUAUGUUGCCAAUACCAACCCUGUGCUGUUCGAUAUAGAAGAAGAAGAGAAAGAGGAUGCAUUGUUUAAACACAGCGAGAAGUUUGCCAUUGCUUUUGGUUUGAUCAGUUUGAGAGAAGGAGUGCCCAUUAGGAUUGUGAAGAACCUCAGGGUCUGUUGGGAUUGUCAUGAUGUAACAAAAAUGAUAUCCAAGAUUUUCAAUAGAGAGAUAAUAGUAAGAGAUAGAAAUAGGUUUCACCAUUUUCAAAAUGGUGAGUGCUCUUGUAAGGGUUAUUGGUGAAAAAGAAAGGAAAAUAAAGCUGGAUUUACCAUUC